ACGGCUGGUUUGUGAGCGAGGCACAGGAAUCACGCAGCUGCACUGAUAAAACAUUAAAAUAUUGAUUACAAUAGGCGGAAUCCAUAAUUCUGGAUCACAAACAAUAAUCCAUUGGACUGCAUCUGAAUUAGAAGAGAGAUCAGGGAAAUGGCAUUUUAUUACCAGCAACAGCCAUUUUACAACCCAAAAAUCCCUUUCACUGGUUCAAUCCAAGGAGGCUUGAAGGAUGGCAAGAGUAUCACUGUAAGUGGACAAGUUUUACCAGGAGCCAACAGGUUCCAUGUGAAUCUCCAGUGUGGUUCCAGACCGGAUGCUAACAUUGCCCUGCACUUUAAUCCACGCUAUGACUCCAGUUCAGGUUAUAUAGUAACCAACACCAAGCAGAAUAACUGCUGGGGAACAGAGGAACGCAUAUACCAGGCCCUCUUCCCCAUGGGAAGCCCUUUCAACCUACAGAUUCUGGUUACAAGCCAAUCAUACAAGAUAAGUGUCAAUGGAAUCCAUAUCAUGGAUUACAAGCACCGUAUCCCAUUCAACAUGGUGGACACUAUCGUCGUCGAUGGGAUGGUGGUGGUUAAUAACAUUGGUUUCCAGGAACCUGUGGGCAUUAUCCCUGCCCAAGCUGGAUUCCAGCCACAGUUUGCUUAUCCUCCUGGAUAUGGUGUGCCUGCAUUUUCUGCUCCAGCAAGCUAUAGUGUGCCAUACAAAACCAUCAUCAAUGGUGGAUUGCAACCUGGCAAAAAUAUUUUCAUCCAAGGUGUAAUUAAUCCUCAAGCUUACAGAUUUUCCAUUAAUCUGCGCUACCAAAGUGGGAUUGCCUUUCAUUACAAUCCUCGCUUUGAUGAGAACUUGGUUGUGCGUAAUACCAAAACAAUGGAGCAGUGGGGCUCAGAGGAGCGCUUCGGAGGCAUGCCAUUUCACAAGGGACAAACCUUCCAGCUCAUCAUCUCCUGCAAUCCCCAUCAUUACAACGUGUCUGUCAAUGGGAAACAAGUGCAUACCUACAACCACCGCUUCACCAGGCUACAUGAGAUUGAUGUUCUGGAGGUGUGUGGUGACCUGAGCUUGACUGCUGUAACUGUUUAGCCAAAUUUUUACCAAAUCGCAGUUUACAGUUACAUUUUUAAAAUAAACAACCAGUUAUUAAAGUCUGUGGAUUGCUAUGGAAAAUGCAAAUAAAUCUGGCAAUGUUCAAAUAUAAUCUUUGUAUUACAAUUAUAUCAACAUAAUGAAGGGAAUGUAAUAAUUCAAAUAAACCACUUUUCUACUAUGAUUUUUAAGGGCUUUUUAAAAUAUGCUUUUUAAAUUACAAUUAUUUUACAUGAAAGAUUUUGGAAUGAUACCCUGUUAAUUGUCCUUCCUUACAUUUAACAAAAGCAACAAAACAGUGCCAUCUGGUACUAUAUAUCUCUAACAAUUCUGCUUCGUUCUGUUGUGUCUUUCUGAGAGAUGACAGUAAAUAUCUAAAAGUGUUUUUUAUUAUUUUAAAUUUAACCUCUAUUUAGCCAGGCAAGCCACUAAGAACAAGUUUGUUCUGUGGUUUUUUUUGGAUUUGUUUGUGCUGUUUUUAAUAAACACAUUUUUCCUGCACUUGCGUCCUACCUCAA